AUGCUGUCUCUCUUAAGAACAUUAAUAUUGGGGGUUUUCCCGGCAUGUCUGGUCAACAGCCUUGCAACUAACUCCCUUUGGCCAAACUAUCGCAUUGAUGUUCAUUCUCAUGCUAUUCCAGCCAUUUGGACACAAGCAAUGAUCUCCGCAGGCUUCCCAGUCAAGAAUGGUACUUUGUACAAUGACGGUGCCCCUGUUCCUGAGUGGAGUUUGAGCUCGCACAUUAGUGCUAUGGACAGCCUUGGGGUCAAUUACUCAACCCUCAGUAUCACUGCGCCAGGUGUUUCCUUUAUUAAAGAUGCCAAGAAGGCCAAAUCUUUAGCUCGCAGUAUCAACCUCUUACUUCAAGAAUUCACUCAAACUUACCCGACUCGGCUUGGGGCCCUUUGUCUUCUCCCACUUCCUUAUGUCAAUGAAGCAGUGGAAGAGCUUCGAUUUUGCAUUGAUUCCCUCAAAUUUGUUGGUGUGGGCUUGUACACUAAUGCUAAUGGCACGUACUUGGGUGAUCCCACUUUGGACCCUAUUUUCUCGGCCCUCAGUACCCAUAAUGCCAGCGUAUUUGUUCAUCCAGCCUCUCCAAGUUGCAGAUCUGUCGCCUUAAGUCACCCCAUUCCGAUGACAGAGUAUCCUUUCGAUACCGUGCGGGCUAUGGAGAAUUUGUUGUUGACUGGUCAGCGUGCCAAAUAUCCUGACCUCAAAAUGAUCUUCGCUCACGGUGGUGGCGCUAUGCCCUAUCUGGCCAGUCGUAUCGCUGGCGUUGCGACUCUUUCCUACGCGGGUGGGAUUCCUUUCGCCGAAACGAUGGCUCAACUCGCUGGAUAUUACUUUGAUCUUGCUAGCGCGACAUCUGCGAUUCAGCUUACUGCUUUGAAGAGUUUUAUUGGUGCGGGAAAGCUCGUGACUGGGAUUGACUAUCCCUACGUACCACUGGCACAGGCUGUGCCAGGCCUGACAGGUAUCCAGAAGAAUGGCAAUUUCACGGACGAGGAGAUGACCUUGAUCAAAUACGACAAUGCCUUGGAAAUCUUCCCGCGGAUCUCGAGUGCUUUAAAACUGAAGUGA